AUUAACGGAUACGUGGCAAUUUCGGAUAUCAUAGUUUGCAACUUGCUCAUGCUGCGAUACGUUUUUCUGGAAUUGUUUACACGUUUGUUAAUGAAAGCAUACACCUACAUGUCACACAAACUUGAACACGUAAUGGAAUUAAAUGAAGAGAAUCCUGAUGUUUUGGAAAUGUUGAGACUUCAACUGUCAGAAUUUGAAAUGCUACAGAGUAUGUACCCAGCAGACUCAGAAAUCAGAGUGGAUGACAAGACAGCCAUAGCCAGCAUUCAAAAUUGUGUAAAUGGUCACUUCAGUUACGAGUACUUACACAGCCGGUUAGGGUUUUCUUUGCAGAUAUUCCCAGAAAAUUGCAAGACUUGUGUUGAGCUGGUGUGCCAGCUACCCCAUGAAUACCCAGCCGUCCACCCAGUGGUGUUCACACGAGCCCCCAACCUGAGCCGAGCAACGCACUCCAAACUCAACGAGGCACUCCACGAUUUCAUUCUGGGACUCCCUGAAGGGGAAAUCUGUCUGUAUUCGGUCAUACAGUGGCUACAGGAGAAUCUUGGGCAGUAUCAAGGGGAAAUUGAUGCAGUAUGUGAUAUCAAUAAAGGUGCCUUGCCAAAACAGGAGGAAGAUACAGUGUUUACACGACUUUGGAUUUACAGUCACCACAUUUACAGCAAGUUCAAGCGCAGAGACAUUAUUGAUUGGGCUGAGGAGCUGAAAUUGUCCGGAUUUAGUCUUCCUGGUAAACCAGGUGUGGUUUGUGUGGAAGGGUAUAGCAGACCUGUAGAGGAGUACUGGCACAGGUUGCGAAGAUUGAACUGGAAGAAGAUUGCAGUUAAAGAGAAAGAAGUACAAGAUAUAGGAGAUGAUGAUAUAAAUAAGUACAGAAAGUUCCAUUGUUUUGAGGAAAAAGUGUUUGACGCUCGUGGUGGAAAAGGUAGAGAAUAUCAUAUGGAUUUGGGUAAAUUGUAUGAGUUUUUAGAACAGCAUCAAUCAGGACAUAUAUUUCACACUUACUUUGGUGUUGAAGGAAGAAAUACAACACAGACAAGUUAACAAAAAGUAUAUGAUUGUGACAUGGGGUUUAUAUGUUAUUGUUUUAAAGGGAUUUUUUUAAUAGUCGUAUUUAUUUGAUUUUUGGGUUUGGACAUUAUUAAAUGUAUGUUUGCAAACAUGUGUAAUUAAA